AUGCCGGCUAAAAUCCUUAACUUAGUCGUCAUAGUAUCAAUCGCCAGUAUAUGUGAUAGCGCUGAGUCGACAUUAGGAAGACUGAAGGCAUAUCUCCAAGGGGAAACUGAUGCUUAUGGCAUCAGUGUUGAUCUCUCCGAUGACAAACAGGUCAACAUAAGUAUGUUGCUGAUGUCCAUCUCCAACCUCAAUGCUGCCGAGCAGAUAUUCACUUUCAGUGCUGGUUUCCGCAUGACGUGGCUCGACCCAAAUCUGGCUUGGAACAAAACUGAUUAUGAUAAUAUUACGGAAGUGACCAUCUCUGAGAAGUUUGUAUGGAUACCGACCAUUGCCAUCCCUAACGGUAUCGACAGCGCUACCUUGGCUUCAGAACAAUCUCCAAAGAUAUCCACUGACUCCGGAGAGAAGAUGUCCUACCUCAUCUCAAUAUUUGUGUCCUAUGCAGUGUUCAUGAACUUCGUCAAUGACUCGAUCCCCAAGUCUGGAGACGUUUGUCGACUGUCUGUGUACCUGACCCUCAUCCUCUGUCAGAGCUGCCUGGCUAUCAUCACCACCAUGGCCACACUCAACGUCCGCAAUAACGGUCACCUAUUUCAGACCAAGACAGAUGUACAGCCAGAACACUACAACGUAAACCCCAAAAGCACUGAACGUCCGUCAAAGGUCCGCCGCUCGGACCACGUUUUGUUCGGGGUCUUCCUGCUUCUGGCACUGAUGUCCCUGCUGGUGUUUUGUGUAUAA